UUCUGUCACAUGUUGUUCUCAGCUCUAAGUGUCGGGCCAUUUUCCUGUCUUAUGCUUGUGGUCAAAUGCAAGAAAAGAAGACAUACUCUUGCACUUUAGCUAGCUUACUAAUAUGUUGUUUCCUAGCAGCACCAUGGGGAACUAUUUUCAUGCUUUCAUACUUGUUUUUUCUGGUUCAUGUUUUAUCAUCUCUCCGCUCUUGGCAGGUAACGUAUUAAAUGAUGUGGUCAUGGUACGUGAGGACACAUCUGUCACCCUAUCCUGCUUUGAUUCACCACCCACAUCUUCUGUACUGGUCACCUGGAAAAUGAUGUCAGCAAAGGAGGAUCGCUGGUCAUAUUUGUUAUCAGCCAGCUGCAUCGAUGGACAAACAGAUGGACGCAGUAGCAGAGUGUUUGGAGGCAGAACUUUUGAGAUCUCUGCAGAUGCUUCUCUCAUCUUCAGGGCUGCAGCAGCUGUUCAAGGACAAUACUCCUGUGUGAUAGAACAGAAUGACAAGAAACUACAGGAGAGGAUCGUUCUACUCGCUCUGAUUAAAUUAACUGUCACUCCCACGCCCCCUGUCACAGUGGACAGUACUCUGAGACUGGCAGCUCAGGUGUCUCCCGCCUCCGUGGCUGCCUGGGGAACGUGGGUGUCUUCCUCGGGUGAACAGCUAUACACUGAAAUCUCCCAUGACAAGGGCAGUCUGCUCAGCAAGCUGCCUCGCAUCACCAGUAAAGACAAAGGAGUCUAUACCUGCAGAAUCCGUGUCCAUGGUAACAAUGCCACGUCUGUCUCGGAGCACAGGGUGAAUGUGACAGUGAACGAGAGUGCUGUGUUUUCUUUCAAAGACUUGACACAUGGGGUCUCAAGGUCUUUGGCAGCCCUCUCUCGUUCACCGGUCACUCUAACCUGUCCCCAAAUACUGGGAGACUAUGUGCUGCUCUACUGGGAGUAUCCUGAUUCAAAAAGAAUGGAGCUCAUAUUCCAGUUUGACCGCUGGAGGAGGAGUUCCAUCAGCCAGACCAAACUCAAACAACUCCAUUUGAUAGACCCCGCCUCCCUGGCUGCUGCUGGGAAUUUCUCCUUCCUGUUACGCCCAGCUCUGAAGGAUGGAGGACUCUAUUUGUGCGAGGUCUUCCUGGAUGACAAGGCUUUCAGCCAAGGCAACAGACUGAGUGUUUUACAUGGAAAUGCCAAGUCAUCCCGCAGUGCUCUGGAUCUGAGUUGUACGUACUCAGAACGAUCUCAAGUCAAAGUUGUAAGAUGGUCAUAUGUUCAGGAUCCCAGUCGCCUUCUGCAAUCAGCUGCUGUUUUGGGCCGGAUCACAACCUCUGUAGCGCUUCCUGUGACCAAUGAGACGGCUGGACUUUAUGCCUGCACUCUGUGUCUGCAAAAUGGAAACUAUAUACAAUAUAUGCACACCGUCACAAUGGCCAAUAUAGAAGGCCUUUAUUAACCCUCCGGAGCUGUGUGGAGUACGUUUAUGAUGGAUUGUUGCACUUUCUUGAGCUUCAUAAGCAUUGGUCCUGUUCACUGCCAUUAUAAAGCUUGGAUGCGUCAGGCUAUUUAUUAAUAUAACUACGAUUGUUUUCAUCAGAAAGAAGAAAGUCACACACACCUAGGAUGGCUUGAGGGUGAGUAAUUCUUGGGGUAAUUUUCAUUUUAAAGUGAACUAAUCCUUUAAGUGGAACUGUGUUUUUAGAAUGCUGUGUCAUGCACUUGAUGCUGUAAAAGAAGUGAGACACAAGCUCAGCAGUCAAACACAUCCAUCCAAUGCAUAUUUGGCAGUGGAAUAAAAAAACGCAUAACACAGGGUAGUGGAAUGGGGGAAAAAAAGUGCUCUUUUUUUUUAAAGGCCCCUAAAAGUGGUCAAUAAAGGUCUUCUGAAGUCAUAUGAUAGCUUUGUCUGAAGAACAAUGUCAGACUUGUGAAUGAAUUGUUCUUUUGAGUCAACCAUUUUGAAUGAUUUAUUCAUGAAUCGGACAUCCCUGCUUCUGCCAUGAGGCGUGUUCUGUUUGUAAUAUCAAGUUUCGACUCAAGUUUCUUCUGUGUGUGAAUGCAUUGUAGGGAGUUCUGAAUGAACAUAUUUUACCAAAUAAAGUCAAUUUCAACAUAUUUCCUGUCCUCCGGGUGAAUAGAGAGCAGUAAACACUGCAUAGAGGCCUUAUCAAUGGGAGCACAACUAUGAACUAUGAAUUUGUCAAAGAGAGAUUAGAAGAUGUCAAGAUUUUCAGUAAAUAACGACUUAUGCCAGGUCAGACUACACGAUAUCAGCCUAAUUUUGGCACAGUCUGCUUGACGUAUGGGUGUCGUGGUGAUUCGUAAGGGACAAUGGGCAUUGGGACGCAAGAAUCGAUCAAGAAUUCAAAGAAUUUUAUCUCGUAUAGUGUAUCAUAGUGGACGACAACCGACGCCACGUCUGCGACACUUCACAAUGUCACGACAGAAAGACUAGCAUGUUUAAUUUUUUUUCCCAGUCCUUCAUGAUGGGUUCCGUCGCAUCUGUGACAUUGGCCAGUAAGAGUACAGAAGCUCUUCCAUACACAGCUUUUCAAAUGAAAAAGAGACUAUGGUAUUGGUGCUGCUAUAGGUGAAAUUAUGCAAUGGAGGAAAGGUUUGUGGAGUUUAUGAUGUUUCCUUGAGUGAAAAAAGAUAAAUGCUGGCGAACUAUAACGGAGGUGCUUCAGCAACCCAGUGAGUACUGGAAUUAGCAUUAAGUUAGUACACCCAUUGGCUGCAUCCGAAAACUGAAAAAUGCUGCCUUUGGAGGACGCAUUCCAAGGUGGGAAGGCAUCAAGGCACGUCCGAAUCCAGUGUUAGCUUCACUUCCUGUCUCAUGAGAUACCUUUAUCUGAUCGAUUUUUGAAGGCAGAAUAGAUGUAUCCUUCGCUGCCUUUGAUAUCCCACAAUCCUGUGAUUCCAUUCUGUGACAUUUGAGCUAAAAAAUAAAGAUGGCGUCUGAAAGUUGCGGUUAGUGGUUAGUUUGUGUGUAAAUGUACAUUUUUGACCAUUGUUUUCCACUUUUGAUGUCAUUUCUAGUGAGAAAUUACUACUGUAGUAAUUAAAUAUUCGCUUAGAUAUCACCAAAGCUCUUCAAAGCUCACCAAAGCUCUCAACAGAUCAUUAAAUCUUUACACUGCCUCAGAAGUCUGUACGAAAUCAGUUUCGUGAGGUGCUUUGGGCGCAAACACUCCCUGAAGAGUCAUUGCCUGAUAGGGCAGCGAGGCAACAAGUCAGCUGCCUAAGUUUUCGGAUGCAGCCAUUGUUUGUUAACGCUCUGUUUCUGGAAGCCAGACGUUAGUUCCGCCUUCUCGAUGACAUCACACACAUCGUUAAAUACGGCGAGCAAUGAUUGGUCGGGAAGCAACAUGUAGCCUCACAUGUUUCUUGUCCACAACACGACAAUUUAGCAGUCAAAAUCGCAUAAUCUGACACAGUGACUAUCGUGACAGACAAAAAUAUAUGAUAUUGAUCAAAGUGAAUGAUGACAGAAUUAAAACAUUUUCAGCUGGUUAAACUUAGAAAUGUAAGUUCACCUGCUGCCUUAAAAAUGCGAGUUAACUCAA